AUGAGUGUCGAGUGCUGCUUCCAUGGUUGUGCGAGUCCGGUGGUGUCGGACUCGACCAAGUGCCUCCUGCACCGUCAUCGGCUCACGUGUGCGCACGAAGGCUGCGGCAACCAAGUGUACGCGCGCGGCUACUGCGUCCGGCACGGCGGCAAGCGCACUUGCAGCCGCCACGCACUGCACUCGACAAAGAAGCACUGUGUCGAGCCCAAUUGUGUCAGCUUUGCCCAAGCCAACCAACGCUGCGUACGUCACGGCGGCGGCCGUAAGUGCAAGCUCGUGCACUGCUGCACACUGGCGCGUAUUGCAGGCUUUUGUCAGCGCCAUGCCAAGCUCUUGCAACCAAAGUUAACCAGAGUCGCUUCACGUCUCGCCGAUGAUGUGGUUGCCGCCAACGACGCCUUGUGGCACCUUGAUGGCAUGGACGACCUCGACGCCUCGAUUCUAGAUGGUGUCUUGAACCACACGCGCCCGUUUGCUCUGCCGUCGUAA